AUGACUGCCUCAGCCUUCAUGAACUCAGAUGAACUCAGCAACGCUGGAGGCGAACCCUCACAAGCGGCUCCCAAAAACAGCCCAAAGGAAAAGGCUUCCUCAAAGUCUCGUAAGAUCUUGAAACAAAGGACUCUACGGACUAUCAAUUUCUUGCGGACAGCUCUUCCUGUACGUCAGGAAACGUUCGACUUGGUUGUCGAUAAUUCAGCCCAAGGGCCGCGUUUCGGCGAUCUUUCAAUGUAUAACAUAAUUAACAUUGUUGACCCGGAUGAGAAAUACCUCUGGGAAACAGAGGUCAAUCGAAUUAUUGCUGGCUUGGACAAGCCUCAACACCCCUUAGACUCUGCUAUGAGUCACCAAUUUGGCUCAAGUAUCAGCAACUUGGGAUUUGCUUGGCUAGAAAGGGUGUCCGACCAACUACUCUGUGCACUAUCUAUGUGUGCCUUAGACGACAAUUUAAUGACUGCGCCCGAGCUGCGGACCGAGUUAUCGAAUCGAGGGUCCAUAAUCCUGCGAAGCUUUGACAAGCUAGAGACAAGACUCGGCUCAAAACUAGAGAUCAUACGCAACGCCGGCAUAAGUGAACGGGAGACUUCUCGGCGACAUACCGACAUGAACUCUGACGACCAGUACGUAUUACGCAAUGGAGUUUCUGGUGUGGAUGAUAGUGAAGCGCCGAACUACUACCAUCUCGUUGACUACGUUACUGAGACUGUGGCUCGACUGCUAUGCCAGAGCUUCACAUCAGAUGAGACCGAUUGGGUCAGCUUUGUCAUCACAGCACUGGUCAAAUGUUCAACAAAGCUCAAGGUUCUGUCCAGAGAACUGCCAGAAUAUGGUGUUGAGGCUCUGAAUAAAUAUGCUGAUGUCCGGCGACUUCUGAUGGAUUAUCCGUUUGUUGCAGCCGAGAACCCAUCUGAGAUUAGUCUUAAUGUGACGGCAGUAGAUAGGCAUGGCGACCGCAAUCCAGAUCCAGACCGUGGACUCGAAGAUCGCUACGUUGCAACAUAUGCUUCUGAUAUGAUUGCGAUAUCAAAUUGGCUCUUCCGUAUUUUGUGGCAUAUCCUCAAAGACUUAAACACUCGAAACACUCGAAAUAGACAUACAGACGAGUUUGAAGUGUCUUCUGUCGUCUUCACGACAGCGGCGCGGUGUCUUCCCGCUAUCGCCUUUCAGAAUCGACUGGGACAUAUUUCUGGUUCUUCAUCUGGUGUAACAGUCGGGAUAUAUCGCCGUGCUAUAGACCUCUUGUCAAAAACUACUGCCAUGAUUGACGAGAGGACAAGGCAGGAACCCGGACUAGGGAUGGUGCAGGAGUUCCUCAACCCAGGCAGGUGGAAAGAAACCUCCGAAAGAACGUCUUCGAAGCCAUUUGGGCAGUUGAACAACAAAUCUCAGCAUCAGCGCGCAAUCGGAUCUGGGAAUCAGCCAGUAAAUGGGCAAUGGAGGAGCACGCAUACCCUUUCGAUAAUGUCAGGAUGUGCUAUACUUGUUCUUGGUGGACUUAUGGCUGGUUUCUUCGUCGGAUCACGUAUAGAAGGCGUUGAUCCCUUUAACCUAACCAUGUUUGCUUGGAUUAUAGCGGGAUUCAUUAUCCUAGUUUCGAAGAGCCUUCGCGUCGGCGAGUGGACUUGGAGAGAGUUUCUGAAAGGUCGCGUCACAUGCCGAACUGUGCGUGAGCUGGCAAGUGUCACGAAUUUGCCGGAGCAAGAUAUCAUAAUGCAUCUUUUAUCAUCCGAGAGGGAAACUCCAUUGGUUUUUAGAGGACCUUAUAAUAAUGUCUUCUCCAAUACAGGGGGUGAGGGAUUCUCAGUCGAUAUCAAACCAACUGUCGCCACACUCUUUGCUAGUGGGUUGAUUGUGUUGGAGGUUAUUUUGGAGAGUGGUUCCGCGCUUGUGUGCCUCGACAUACGGCCUCGCGUAACUGCAGUAACUAGUGGCACUGAGGAUAGUGGAUAUGGCCUGGAUAUGGUUGCCCAUGGCUUAAGUAAACAGCGAAUGGUUCAUAGGCAGCGCGAACAAUGCCGAGUACUGGCUUGUAAGGAUCCACCUCUUCAAGACGAAACUGAGAAGGAUAUUCUGUUCAGAAGACAGCUGCUGCACUGGGAGAAGAUUAUGGGUGUCUAUAAUAGGCCAAGUCAAAGUGUCAGAUAG